CACGCACCUAUUAUGCGUAAACUCCCAGACAAAUAUUCACCGGAAAGUCAGAGAAACCACUCUCCUCUGAAAAGACUAAAACACCCUCACCUUCUUCCGUCGCACCGCUUCUACAGAGAUACCCUUUUAGUCAAACAACAUUCUUCUCCUCCUCCUCCUCCCUCCUCUUCGCUGUAACGCUUCACCUAAACAAAACCCAAACACACAAUGCAAUCACCAAAACCGCGGCGUAAAGCGGGCCCCACAACAAACGGACUCGACUCCGCGGAGAAGCUCGACGAGCUCCUGAUCUCCUCCGCGAUCUGCAACGGCGAGGACUUAGGCCCGUUCGUCCGCAAAACCUUCGGCACAGGCAAGCCGGAGACGCUCCUCCACCACCUCAAGCUCUUCUCCCGAUCCAAAGAGUCCGAGAUCGAGGAGGUCUGCAAAGCUCACUACCAGGACUUCAUCCACGCCGUCGACGACCUCAAGUCCCUCCUCUCCGACGUCGAAUCUCUCAAAUCGGCCCUCUCGGACUCCAACUCCAAGCUCCAAUCCGUCGCGGCGCCGCUUCUAUCGUCCCUCGACUCGCUCGUCGAGGCCGGGACUGUAUCCAAGAACGUCGAUCUGGCGAUCGGAGCGGUUAAACACUGCGUCCGCGUGGCGGAGAUCGCGUCGCGAGCCAAUCGGCAUCUCCAGGGAGGGAGGUUCUACAUGGCGCUGAAGUGCGUGGAGCUGAUCGAGAGCGAGCUCUUGGAGAAGACACCUUCCUCGACUUUGAAAAGGAUGAUUGAGAAGAGGAUCCCCGAGAUUCGAGGGUAUGUGAAGAGGAGAGUGAGUAAGGAGCUUGGCGAUUGGUUGGUUGAGAUUCGCGUCGUGUGUAGAAACUUAGGUCAGUUAGCUAUAGGUGAAGCUUCCUCCUCGCGGCAGCGUGAGGAGGAGGUUAGGAUUAAACAGAAGGAAGCUGAGUGCGUCUACGCGUUGAUCGAAGAAGAUAUUGAUGGUGACGAGUAUGAGUCUAGUGAUGAUGAUGAUGCCUUUGAUUUGACUCCGCUCUAUAGAGCUUACCACAUUCAUCAAACACUCUCACUCCAAGACGGUUUCAAGCAGUAUUAUUUCGAUAACAGAGAGCUUCAGCUCAAGUCUGACUCAGAGGUUUCUUCAAUGACUCCGUUUCUCGAGUCCCACCAGACGUUUUUCGCGCAGAUCGCGGGGUUCUUCAUAGUGGAGGAUCGGGUUCUGAGAACCGGAGGAGGGUUGAUUUCGAAGGUGGAAGUCGAGUUUUUGUGGGAUCUUGCGGUUACCAAUAUGUGCGCUGUCUUGGAGGAUCAGUUCUCUAGGAUGCAGACGGCUAAUCAUUUGCUGUUGAUUAAGGAUUACGUUAGUUUGUUAGGUGUGAGUCUGCGUAGGUAUGGAUACACUGUUGACCCGCUUCUGGAAGUGUUGAGCAAGCAUAGGGAUAAGUAUCAUGAGCUGUUGUUGUCUGAUUGUCGGAAGCAGAUGGCGGAAGCGUUGUCUGCUGAUAAGUUUGAGCAGAUGUUGAUGAAGAAAGAGUAUGAGUAUUCCAUGAAUGUUCUCUCUUUCCAGCUUCAGACAUCGGAUAUUGUACCGGCUUUCCCUUACAUUGCGCCCUUCUCGACCACGGUUCCGGAUUGUUGUCGGAUCGUUCGGUCUUUUAUCGAGGAUUCGGUUAGUUUCAUGUCUCACGGAGGCCAGCUUGAUUUCUACGAUGUCGUGAAGAAGUAUCUAGAUAGGCUUCUAGGGGAAGUCCUCGACGAGGCUCUGUUGAAGCUGAUUAGCUCAUCGGUUCACGUGGUUUCUCAGGCGAUGCAGGUUGCCGCAAACAUGGCCGUGUUCGAGCGCGCUUGCGAUUUCUUCUUCCGACACGCCGCGCAGCUUUCGGGAGUUCCGUUGAGGAUGGCGGAGAGAGGGAGGAGGCAUUUCCCUUUAACCAAAUCGCAAAACGCCGCGGAGGAGACGCUCUCGGGUCUGCUUAAGAAGAAGAUAGACGGGUUCAUGAUACUGGUCGAGAAUGUGAACUGGGCAAGCGACGAUGUUCCUCAGGGUGGGAACGAGUACAUGAACGAAGUGAUAAUCUACUUGGUGACUCUGGUCUCCACCGCGCAGCAGAUUCUGCCUGCUAAAGUCCUGAGAAGGGUUUUGCACGAUGUACUCGCUCACAUCUCCGAGAGAAUCGUCGGAACGUUGUGUGGGGAUCUAGUGAAGAGACUGAGCAUGGCUGCAAUCAAAGGACUUGACGUGGAUGUUCAGUUGCUGGACUCUUUUACAGAGCAGUUAACUUCACUGCUCACGGAGAAAGAGGCUAACGAGAUGAAAACGGCUUUUGUGGAGAUAAGACAGAUGAUUAACUUGCUUCUGAGUAGUCACCCUGAGAAGUUCCUUAACCCUGUGAUCAGAGAGAGAAGCUACCACGCUUUGGAUAACAGGAAAGUUGCGACGGUAUCUGAGAAGUUGAAAGAUCCAUCAGAUAGUAUUUUUGGGACGUUUGGAGCAAGAGGGUCGAGGCAAAACCCUAAGAACAAAUCGUUAGACACGUUGAUAAAGAGAUUGAAAGAUGUGAGCUAGUGAUGAUUUGAGCAUAGACACACAAAGCGUAAGUAAGAUUGUUCCAUCUCCUCUGUAUUGAUAAUUAUUGUAAUCUGCUUUAUAUUUUUGUUGAUGAUUCGUUGGUCUCUGAGUUACAAGGCAAGAAAGAAAAAAAAACAAUUUCGGUUUA